CCGGUGGGGCUCUUGGCUCGGGGGCUCCAUACACGGCCCAAAGACAGUGGCGCGAGAAACCCCGCGCGACGCAGCUGCCUGACAGCGCGCCCAAAUUAUUAUUAGAGGUUAUUAUCUGUGCACAACGUGAAGUGACAAAGUUUUGUUGUUUUUUUUUCUGGAACGCUAUUUGAAUUUUAUUUGAUCGUGUCAUGGACAUGCGGCGAUUAUAAACUGGCUGAACAGAUGGCGCAGUGUAAACAUUGAAAAAAUAAAUAUGUCAAGAAAGUGUUCGAAAUUUAAAUUAAGUGACGUUUUAGUGGUGUGCUAAAGUGACAAAUUGACAUUGAAGUUAUGAUGGUCCCAGAUAUGGAUAUCAGUGACUCGCAUAAUGCAACUUUUUACCCAAGAGAGGCUACUAUUUUGGCAGCGGCAUGCGCCUGCAUAUUCAGCGCGGUGGGAGUUGUCGGUAACCUGAUCACCACAGUGGCUUUACUCAUGCACCCGAAGCUCCGCACCCACGUGACCACCAUGUUCGUCCUCUCACUCUGCGUGUCAGACCUGCUGUUCUGCAGCAUCAACCUGCCGCUGACGGCGCACCGGUACAUCCGCCAGGAGUGGGGGCUCGGUGAGCGGCUGUGUCAGAUGUUCGCGUUCGUCUUCUAUGGGAACGAGGCCGUCUCUUUGCUGUCUAUGGUGGCCAUUACUAUCAAUAGGUACACACUGAUAGCUUACUACGACUUGUACUCUCAAAUCUACACCACGACGAAGAUCUGGAUACAGCUGCUGCUCAUCUGGCUCGUCUCCUUUGGGUUUAUGGUACCUCCUCUACUAGGCGUCUGGGGCCAGCUCGGCUUCGACCCUAAGACGUUCUCGUGCACGAUCCUGCCCAAAGACAACAAAUCGCCAAAGAAAUACCUCUUCGUUUUCGGAUUCGCCCUGCCCUGCGUCGUCAUCAUAGUGUCCUACUCUUGCAUAUACUGGAGAGUGAGAGAGAGCAAACGGAAGCUGGAGGGCCGAAGGUGUGUAUGUGGCAAACUAAGCGGACAAACAGCCAAAGAAAAAGAAGAAGACUCGCGACUUACGAAACUAAUGCUAACAAUAUUUAUGUCCUUCCUAGCGUGCUUCCUUCCACUGAUGAUAAUGAACGUCACAGAUGACCAAAUUUCCUACCCAUGGUUCCACAUCAUAGCUUCAAUUCUAGCAUGGGCAUCGAGCGUUAUAAAUCCUCUAAUUUACGCAGCCACCAAUAGACAAUAUAGAGCUGCGUAUGGAAACCUACUUAAAUUUUGCAAGAAUAAUCCUGUAGCCAAAAGAACUACUUGGGGAAGCAGGACGGUGGGCCAAUCUUCAAAUUCACCAAACUACGCGCCGACUGAAAAAAGAAAUCCUCUGAAAGAGCCCGCCAAAUUAUGAAUCUCUUAUAGUCUGUGGCCUGUGGCGCAGCGUGUAUUUAUAGCCAGUUACAAAUGACGUAUGUGUCAAUUAUUUAUGAUUUAUUGAGAUUUAGAAUUUUGUUCUUUUAAAGUUGUAUGUACCUACCGUUAUAUCAGUAAAAAGACUCCAGUAUAGUUUUGAGUGUGUUGAAAAGAUUUGUGCGGAAUUGCCGUUUAAGUUUUGACAUUCCUACCAUAUAGACUAGGGUCUAUUUAAUUUACAAAGUUAGCCGAAUUUUACGAAAGAAAACAGCUAAUAGCUCUCUAUAUAAUUAUAUCUUUUUCUAACUAAAAAAAUCAUGUAUAUACCUACUAUACAUGAUAUUUUAAAAGAGCAUCAGGUAUCUUGGAAAUUCUAUAGCGCAUAAUUUAUAGAUCAUUUAAUUGGAUAAUUUGAUUUGAUAAACUUGAUCCAAAGGAUGGAUCAGUGGUUAAUGUGGAUGAGGUGACAGUUCUGAUGACAAAGUAAAAUAUAUAAAGGCCUAGCUUAGACAAGACAAAUAAAGACAUUGGCUACUAAUGAAUAACUUACAAUUACUUUAAUUAAAUUAUGAAAAUGUUAAUUUAAAUCGCUUUUCUAAUCUCGACCCGUAGAUCUCCCGUGUAAACUACUUAUACUCAGCAUAACUAUAAUGUACCUAAGUAAAAGUUACGCACUUGUAAAUAAUCCAAUGUAAAUAGGAAUAUACCUAGUUAAAUUUUAAAACCAUAAGUAGGUAAUUAUAAACCAUCUCUACACUUAACCAAAGUUAAAUUAUGUAAAAAUAGGUAGUUAUUUAUACGUAAGAACUUUCUCGAAUAUAUGAUUCAUGUAGAAAUUAUGCAUUUAAUAUAAGUUUUAAAUUUACCUGACUAUAUAUGACAGGACUAAUUUUAUAGUUAUUGUCAGUGGCAUUCCUGUAGUUAUUAAAAAUCCACUAAUUAUUUAUUAAUAACGAAUAGCCCUUGAAUUUAACAGUCAAGAUAAAACACAAGAUCAGUCUUAUACACAUCUACAAAGCUUUUUUGACUAAAAUGAGUUUAGAAUAUUUUUUAUUUUGAUUUAUCCCGAAUCAUCAGUCAAAAUAUUAUAAUAUGGUGACAUUGUCCUUUUCUAAAAGCUAAUCAAAAAUAUUCGACUGCUUUUGAACGGACCUUGAUAUAAGUCUUAAUAAAGUGUAAAUAAUUAUGUUAAAAUAUAAAAAAGUAUCUACCUAUGUCUAAAAAAUUUAUAGUGCUGUAGCGAAAAAAAAGACUGAUUAUGAAUCAAAAAUUCAAUUUCAAUUCAACUCACUUGUGCAUUCCUGCUAUUACCCACGUAGAAAUAGUUUGCCAACCACAGAACUAUAACACCAUUGAUUAACUUUAGUUAACCGAAUGUCAGAAAAUUAAAUAUUGAAGUUACGUAUUUCAACUAUCUCCAGUAAUACCAAUGUAAGAUAUUGUGCUAGAUUAUUUAACCUCUGUUCUUAAGAAAAAUAUUUCUUAGACCGCACUAGGUAAGUACUUAUAGAUAGAAAGAUAUCUUAUUCUGUGUGCUAAAUAAAAUCUGCACAUCAAGAAAAAGCAGCUAGGGCGGUACCAAAGCAAAUGUAACAAACAUAUUUUAAAAAAAUAGUAAUAUUAAUAACAUAGCGGUAUAAAUAAAUAGUUACUUUAUAAAUAGGUAUACCUACAUUUUAUACUUUUGUACUCAACCACGAUCCGCAUAAUUUGUCAAUUUCAGAACUUAAGUGGUUACCCUGAGGGGUUAAUCAUAAUUAUUUUCUAAAUCUGUUAACAACAUUAUGUUAUCAGAUAGUUUAGACACAUAAGUGAAAUAUUUUCUACGUUUUGUAAUAAUUUAUUUAAACUAUGAACCAAAGUUAAAAAUAAAUGUUUAAAAGUA